UCCGCUGGCCCAGGCACGGGGCUUCUGCUGGAUGAUGGGUACGUUCUCGUCGCGGAGUUCCGUCACCCAGUUGCUUCAUCCAGCUUCAUCCUUCAGCACAACUAUUUAGCCAAACCAAUCACCAGAGCUGCUGAUCAGGUGCAUCGCUUGGAUUGGGUCUAGAAGUUGAUGUUGGUGGAGCAGCCUGAUUUGCUGUUUUGAUCAAUCGAUGGUGCAGUCAACGUUAAUGUGGGACGUUGAUAGACGAUUACAACGCAUUCAGCUGUAAUCAGAUCGGUACCAUUCUUCCUGCGUGGCGAUAAGAGAUGUAAGCACACAUGUUGCGUUAUCUCCCCUCCCCUCAAAGAUGCCCACUCUCAGCGAUCCAAAAACGGUUGACACCGUCGUCAUGAUCGAUGAUGUGCCCGCUGGUGUCUACUGUCAUGCUCGUGAUGACCUCGAGAAAAGAUUACUGAGGAAGCUUGAUUUGCGUAUGUCCAUAAUACUGAUUUUAUACACCUUGAACUUCAUUGACAGGACCAAUAUUAGCAACGCUCGGUUGCAAGGUUUUGAGAAAGACCUGCACCUCCAUGGGGAACAAUACGCCACAAGUUUGUCCAUCCUAUUUGUUGGAUACAUCACAAUGCAAGUGCCAGGGAACAUGUUCCUACACUGGCUGGAGAAACCUUCUGUCAUGCUUCCGUGCUGUAUGUUAGUAUGGGGUACAAUAUCAGUAUUGUCAGGGAUCACAACGAAUUAUACCGGGAUUGUUGUCGCCCGCUUCUUUCUUGGCCUUGCCGAAGCUCCCUUCUUCCCCGGUGUCAUAUUUCUUGUAUCUAAAUGGUACAAGCGAGACGAGGUCGCCUUGAGAAUAGCUCUAGUCUCUUGUGGAGUUUUUCUCAGCUCUGCAUUCGGAUCGCUGCUUGCAUCUGGUAUACUUCACGGCAUGCAGGACAAACUUGGUCAAGCUGCAUGGAGAUGGUUAUUUUACAUUGAAGGUGGCAUCACCAUCUCGGUCGCGAUUUGUGCGAUGUUCAUACUCCCUGAUUUCCCGUACAACACCAGGUGGUUCACCCCGGAGGAAAAAGAACUUGCUAUCUCUCGCCUUGCAGAAGAUGGCCAUGAUAAUGCUGACGAAGUUGGGAAGCAGACGACCAUGCAAGGACUGCGGGAUGCCGUGUCUGACUGGAAGGUGUGGUUGUUUUCAGUUGCAGCUAUGUUCCAGAUAGUGGGGCAGUCUUUCGUCGCUUACUUCCCAACGCUGUGCGCGACACUGGGAUAUGACACGACUGUAACGCUGUUGCUUUGCGCUCCUCCGUGGGUGUUCGGGGGUAUGAUCGCAUUUCCUCUUGCAUGGUACUCUGACAAAAACCAGAAGCGUUACAAAUGCUUCGUGGUCUCCAAUACAUUCUGCGUCCUUGCAUUCAUCAUAUCGAUAUUUACGAUGGACAAGGCUGCGCGCUAUAUUUCAUUGUUCCUGAUGACUCCAGUCGUCGGUGGAUACUUGGUGCUCAUUGGUUGGAUCAGCAACACUUUUGCCAGAGAACCUGCGAAACGCGCUGUUGCUAUUGCUCUGAUGAACACACUGGGGCAGACAGGCAAUGUUAUUGGAUCGUACGUAUGGUCGUCGAACUGGGGCCCGACAUAUCGUUAUUCCUAUGCCAUCUGCAUCGCUGCACUUGGAGUGUCGACAGGCAUGUUUGGUGGUAUGUAUUUGUAUUUGAAGCAUUUGAAUGAGCAGAUUGAGAGGAACGAACGGGACGUAAAGGAUAUCAAUGAGCUUCGGCACCCGAUCGGUUUUAGAUAUUUGCUGUAGUUGAAGGUUGAAAUAUUGAUUGCUGAG